CUAACGUGACAGACUGAAGAAGGAGAAAGCAGAAGAAGUGUGUACGGAGAGAGAGAAAGAGAGGGAGAGAGAAGCAGCUGAGCAUACACACCCCCCCUCCCCUGUGUAAUAUAUCUAAAUCUAUAUAUAUUAUAUCGUAUUAUUUCUACAUGGAGACGCGCGCGAGGCGAUACGUUUACGGCGCGUGCACGCACGCAGGCAGAGUGAGUGAGACCGUGUGAGAGCGCGCGCGCGAGCGAGCGAGAGAGAGGAGUGUUUUCAUAUUUUCCUCCUUUACCGGACUAUAAAUCGACUUUGUUUGGCUUUGCACAUCAUCCCGACUGGAUUUGGACUCGACCCAGACGAGACUACGGAUUUGUUUUUUGUGGUGCUCUUUAAAGCAGAAUUGAUUUUAAAAACGUCUCGCGCAGGAGUAUGAAGCUGUAGCGCUGGCUCGGAUACCACCAUCUGUUUUGUUUUGGUUUUUUUUAUUUAUAUUAAAAAAUAAUAACAAACCCUUCACACACACAGAGAGACGCCAGUUUUUGUUUGAUUGGACAGCCCAAAGAUUUCUACAAGGUCACAAGUCACCAUGUUGAGAUAAUAUUAUUGUUAUUUAUGACUUGGCAGUGUGGUAGAGAGAAGAGAGAGAGCUAGCCCCGGGUUUUUUCCGCCUUCCUCACGUUUUAUUUUGUUGGCAAACUCAACCAACUGCUGUGUUUCUGUCUGAGAAGAAGCAUGGGCAUGAUACGAGAGUGACUCCAGGACCCGAGUUUGGCUGUUCAUACAGUGGAGCGAUUAAGAACCGAAAUCUAAAGGCUCUAAGCCCUUCCUCCCUGUGGUUCCUCAUGCUCAGUGUGGACUCUCGCCGCUUCGCUGCAGGAUGGAUGGUGUGGAUCUGACGCUUCACGUCUGUUGCCAUACGCGCUUACUGAUCUGUGACUGCUUCCUGUUCUUUUACGUGUAUAAAAGAACUCCUCCUCUUUUGGGCUCAGGCCCUACGGAGUGCAUCAAUAACUGUUUAUAAAGUACCACGCAAAAUAAUACGAGGAUCUCGCACAAACUUUUAUUUUGCCAAACGUAUUUUUCUUUUCUUUCUCCAGAAGUUUACAUUUGGGAUUUAUUCCGGAUAUUGUAAUUUAUUUAUUCUUUUAAGUGUUUUUUUUUUCCACCCCAUCUCCUGGAGUGAAGAUGUCCCAAAACCCUAACAAUGGUAUGGAGUUUCUGGCUCCUCCACCUAAAAAUGUGAAUGGCUCUGGCUCUGACUCCAUGCUGGGUGAGAAGCUGGGCGUCGAGGUCCGACACCGCCGUCACACCAUGGACAAAGAUCUCAAGACGGCAGAGCACCGAUUUUUCCGCCGCAGCGUCAUUUGUGACUCUAAUGUCACGGCGCUCGACCUCCCAAGCAAAGCCUGCAUCCCUACAACUCUCCCGGACUGCGAGUCGACUGUGUGCUCUUUGGGUGCGAGUUUGGUUCCUGAUCGAGCUCCGGAGGUCUGUACAGCCGUCGUAGUAGAGGAGCAUGCGGGGGAUGCGGUUGAACGAGGUGGACUCGACCGUGGUGAUGCGGCAGAAAAACAUAUCCCCUGUGUACAGAAAGCCAUUACUUGGAUCCCGAGCGAGAUUCCCAGGACUGCAGUCACACCGCCUGAAGUGACGGUCAGGAAGCGGGAAGGCGAAGGUGAUGGGACGGAGAAAUGCGACGAGGAAAAGGAGGCAGCGAAAGCUCGCGUGGAAGCAGAGCAGAGAGAAGCGGAGAAGAAGGUGCAGGAGGACGAGGAGGUGGAAACUAAAGCCGUCGGGACGUCGCCGGACGGCCGCUUCCUGAAAUUUGACAUCGAGAUCGGGCGUGGCUCUUUCAAAACCGUCUACAAGGGCCUGGAUACCGAGACAACCGUGGAAGUAGCCUGGUGCGAGCUUCAGGACCGUAAGCUGUCCAAGUCCGAGCGUCAGCGCUUUAAAGAAGAGGCCGGCAUGCUGAAGGGUCUGCAGCACCCCAACAUCGUGCGCUUCUACGACUCGUGGGAGUCUCCUUCCAAAGGCCGCAAGUGCAUCGUACUGGUGACGGAGCUCAUGACGUCAGGCACGCUGAAAACGUACCUGAAGCGUUUUAAGGUGAUGAAGAUCAAGGUGCUGAGGAGCUGGUGCCGUCAGAUCCUCAAGGGCCUUCAUUUCCUCCACACCAGGACUCCUCCCAUCAUCCAUCGGGACCUGAAGUGCGACAACAUCUUCAUCACGGGUCCCACAGGCUCUGUAAAGAUCGGCGACCUGGGCCUGGCUACUCUAAAGCGCUCUUCCUUUGCCAAGAGCGUAAUAGGUACCCCUGAGUUCAUGGCGCCCGAGAUGUAUGAGGAGAAGUAUGACGAGUCGGUGGACGUGUAUGCCUUUGGGAUGUGCAUGUUGGAGAUGGCUACCUCAGAGUACCCGUACUCCGAGUGUCAGAACCCGGCGCAGAUCUACCGGAGGGUCACCAGUGGCGUGAAACCCAGCAGCUUUGAUAAGGUGGCCAUACCCGAGGUGAAGGAGAUCAUCGAGGGCUGCAUUCGACAGAACAAAGACGAAAGAUAUGCUAUCAAAGUCCUGCUGAACCAUGCCUUCUUCCAAGAGGAGACAGGAGUGCGAGUGGAACUGGCUGAGGAAGAUGAUGGAGAAAUGAUCGCUAUCAAGCUCUGGCUGCGCAUCGAAGACGCCAAAAAGCUGAAAGGCAAAUAUAAAGACAACGAAGCUAUCGAGUUCUCUUUUGAUCUCCAUAAAGAUGUGCCUGAAGAUGUGGCCCAAGAAAUGGUCGAGUCCGGAUACGUGUGCGAGGCCGACCACAAGACCAUGGCCAAGGCUAUCAAAGACCGCGUGUCACUGAUCUGCCGCAAACGAGAACAGAGAAAGUUAGUGCGAGAGGAGCAGGAGAAGCGCAAACAGGAAGGUGAUCAACAACAACAACAACAACAGCUGAGCGAGUCUCAGAAGGCCUUGCAUUUCGGACCUCCGGGAACACCAGGAGCCACUCAGAUUCCGUGCAGCCUCCAGCCGCCCACUCCCGGCCCAGGACAGCUCGAACCAGAGGAGUGUGACACGGACCAGCACCAACAGCUGCAGUACCAACAAGCAGCCAUCACUUCUGAAGUCACGUUGGACAGCGGACAGGGAUCAUCCAUCUUCUCCGAGACACAGAUGAGUCAGCUCACCAUGUCUUAUAGUUCUCCAGCAGCAUCCCAUCAGACCCCCCAGCAGCAGCAGCAGCCUGCACAGCCCUCCUACCCCACUGCCUCACAAACUACCCAGCAGCACUCUCCAUUCCCCCCACAGCCCAUGCCGCAGUCUCUGGCUCAGCCGUAUGGAGGUGGGGGGGGCUCAGGUGUGUGCGAACCGCCUCUCUCUUUCCCCUCCAUCCCCGAGCGGCCCGUCUCCUUCUCUCCGCCGCCGUCCUGCCCACCCAAAGGUUUCAACGUGCAGCGCCGGAAGAGCACCUCCAUCUUAGAGGCCCAUACGCGCCACUUUCAGCCAGUCUACCGCAGCUACGGGAGCAGCCUCCACCCGUUCUCUAGCAUCGAAGCUCAUGAGCCGUCACAUUUCCUGCUGCCGAACGUAGCAGCUCACAGACUGGCUGAGCACAUGCAGGCUUCAGCGGAGUCCGUACAUGGAUAUAAGGACAUCCGAAUGGAGCAGGAGGAGGCAGUGCGUAGACUGAGUCUCAACCAGGCCGUCCUGCUGGACCACUUGGAGGCCAUGGCGUACAGCGGAUAUCCGAUAACAGCGCAUCAGCUCAACCAGCUCACCUUCCACCAGCAAAUGCAGGCUGCUGCAGCUGCUGCGAGUCUGGCGUAUGAGAGCCCUCAGCCCAGCCCGGGCUACCUACACCCACACGUCCCGAGCCUCAUGCGCCUAAACCAUAGUCCCAUCCCUCAGCCAGCACCAGUUAAUGUAGCCCAAGAAUCCUGCUACCAGCCUCAUCCACCGUUUCCUCAUUCUGCCCCACCGGUGUUGGCUCACACACCUGAUCCUGGCACUGCCUUUGAGUUUCACAUGCACAGCAUCCAAGCAGAACAGGGAGCGCUGGCAGCGAGACUGUUCCGAGCCCGGCGCGGCUCUAUGGAGCUCAAUCUGGAGGAGGCGUCGGGAAACACGGGUCCGUGCAGUCGGCUGCAGCCGGUAACCGAGGAGCUGGGGAGCUACACCAGCCCGGAGAUGCCCCUGCCUCCGGGAAGCCUGCUGUUGCUCCACGCUCAAAAAGAGCGCAGCCCGGAUCCUUCCAGCGACUCUGUGACUUCGUCCGAUACCGGAGACUUUCACUCGCCACCUCUGCCGCACGCAGGACGCCCGGGUCUGGAUGCCUCUCUCGCUCAGUCCAUCCCCCACAAGACCACGCAGCUUUACACGCCCGAAAGAGGGAGCGGAACGUGCGAGGGCCAUCCUCCCACGCACCACUCUUAUCUCUUCAUCCCGCCGUCUGAACCAUCCAGCUCUCAUAUCAGCACUCUACAGAGCGCCUGGGCUCGACAAACCACCAUCCAGCCUGAGCUUCCUUACCAUGAGUCUGCUCUGAGCCUGCAGGGUUCUGCUUUGCAGGCUCCGCCUCCGCAGUCCAGCUGUACAGCUGUUCCAAUGGUAUCCGGCAGCACCCAGGCCACACCCUGGAGCGACCCGGUCAAUCCACAGUAUGGAGGUUACUACAUCCCAGCAGUCCCUUCGCAGGUGAUUCCACAACAGGUUUCUCUGAGCGCUGCCUCUCAGCAGCCCACCGUCUCAUUGCCCCCGCAGCAGCAGCAGCUUCCUCCACCACAGCCGGCUAGCUCAGGCCAACAAAGCAUGGCCCAAGCACACAUCCAGCCUGGGUCUCCUGCUACACAGCAGUGCGUUAGUGAGACUAGUCCCAGAGUUGCGUCCCCGUCGCUGUGUAUGGAGCGUCUGUUCUUCCAAUACCAGGCGGCUCAGCUCGCUCUGGUGCAGCCUUCAUCGCCCCCUCCGAUCCAGCCUGUCCAGACUCCAGAUCAUUCACCAUUCAUCCAGCCGAUCGUCACACUUACCCCACUGCCCCUCUCCUAUCUCCCCCAGCCGUCUGUGCCUGGCCUGGGCUUCAUGCCUCCUGUAUCAGUGCCCGCUCAGCCGCUCCCACUAACAGUGGUCCAGGGACAGCAGCCGCUCCUUGUGGUGGCUUCAUCAGUUCCCUCCUCCCCGGCACCGGGAUCUGCGUGUAACUCGCCACUGCUCCCUGCGUCAUCGCAGCCCCAAACGAUGACUGUGCUUCCUCCUCUGCCGCUUGCGACCACUGUGCCAACAAUCUGUGUGGCUACUGUCCCAACCCCUACUGAGCAGCCCGGGCUAGCGUCAGACUCCCCGGCUCAGGCAUCCCAGUCCGGUCCUCAGACUACAGAUAAGGCACAGCUUCACGGCACAGCUUCCGCUCCAGCAAUGCCUUGCGGAAUGGAAAGCAGCCACUCCGAUGUGGCGUCCAGCAUGAGUGACGGAAACGAAGGUGUGAGCGGCGGCAGGCACGAGGGUCGAUCAGCCAAACGCCAUCAGCGCAGAUCCGUACGCAGUCGCUCCCGCCACGAAAAGAUCACCAAAGCCAAGCUUAACGUGCUCAACAUCUCUAAUAUGGGCGACAGGGUUGCCGAGUGCCAGCUGGAAACACACAACAGGAAAAUGGUGACUUUCAAGUUCGACCUGGACGGAGAUAAUCCUGAGGAAAUCGCUCAGAUCAUGGUUGAGAGUGAGUUUAUUCUGGAGAGUGAGCGAGAGUCCUUCAUCGAGCAAGUUCGGGAGGUUAUUGAAACUGCGGAUGAAAGGGGUCUUGAAAGGGAAAGCAGCCAGGCUGUGAGCAAUCCUGAAGAGCAGAUGACUGCUCCGUACACACCUCUCCAGCCAGGUGCUGGUGCGAGUACCACUACACAGGUGGUAACCUCGGCAGGCCGCAGGUUCAUCGUCAGUCCUGUUCCUGAGUCCAGACUGAAGGAACAGUUCUUUAGUGCGGUUCAACCCCCUGCUCCUAUUUUUGAGCAGCCGGCAGCACCGGGACUGCCUCCUGUGAUGGGUCUGUCUCAGUCGGCCUCGGCGCUUUCUCUGCAGCAGGCGUUUGCUGAGAUGCGUCAGGGCCAGUAUGACCCUGGGCCGAGCACAGCGCCCCCGACUCUCAACACCUCCCUUCCUCCACUGUUACCUGCAGUCAGCCCCUUGCCUCCCUCCUCCACUACAAUGCUGUCAUCUCCACCACAGUCCACUGAGCUAGCUGGCCCUCUUCUUAAUGUCUCCUCUUUGUCCACCUCACCUCCAUCAUCACUCACUCCUGUAGUGGUCUCCUUACCUCCUCAGAUCCCCCUUUCUGUCAGUCAACCUGUUGUGACCAGUAUGGCGGCUCAGCCUUUCUCAGUUCCGCAUUCCUCAUCCCCUUCUGGUGUUUUUCCCCAGCCAACAGUCCCAAUACACACCACUAUCAGCACAGCAGUGCCGGGUAGUGUAGCUCCGCCUUGCCAACAUGCUAGCACUAUAAAUAAUGUGAACUCUCUUCCUGUUGGAAUCGCAGAACAACCUAUUGUCGCUUCCAGCAUAGCCCAAAUCACCCCUCCUAUUGCCCCUAGCACAGCCAUUCAAACAGCUCAGCUCACCCCGAAUGUCAUUGCGCCAGUCCCAGUCACUGCCCCUUUGCCACAGGUGCCAGUCACCAGCAGUGCCCCUGUGGUGCAGCCCACCCUGGUUCACAGCCAACCGCAGCCUUCUACACUGCCCAAUCAGGGCCAUUCUCACUGCGUUGAAUGUGAGAGCGACCCUCAAAGCAAAACCCCAGGAAUCGAUGACAUCCAUGCUCUAGACAAGAAGCUGCGCUCACUCUUCAUGGACAUAAGCGCUGGCCUUCCUUCUGCCCCAGCUGACGCCAUUGUCACAGAGCCAGCUGCUCCUGGGACAUCCUCCCCUACCACUUCUUGCACCACCCCUCUUCCUCCAACUAGCUUACCUUUGAGCUCUCCUAUGUCCACCCCCGUCACAAGCGGCACCCCUGUCAGCAAAACGCCGUUGUCCCGAUUGCCGGUGUUGCCUGUCGGCUCCGAGCAGGCCGGCACGCCACCCACAGAACACCCGCCUCUCUUCCCGGGACCUUGUCUAACUCAGUCCCAGCAGCCACUGGAGGACCUGGAUGCCCAGCUGAGACGAGCUCUGAGCCCUGAGACGGUGUCGGUUAGCAACGUCACCCAUCAGUCCUCUCAUACUGGAGUAGCUGCUGGAGGGCAGCCAGUUCCAUUUUCUCUUGAAGGGGACCCAGGGGCUGUUCCAGCAUCUGGAGGCUUCACGCUGGGCCGAUUUCAGGUGUCAUUAGCAGCUGAUGACUCUUCCCUGCUGCCUCCCACCACCUCCAGUGACUCAUCUUCCUCUACCACAUCUUCAUCCACAUCCUCCUCUUCCUCUAAUCUCUCCAGUCCUGAGAACACUCUGCACAGGGCCUCUCCUCCUCUGUGUGAGGCAGGGCGUGAUGUGGUAGACGGUUUGCCCCCUGCGCCACCCAGCCAGCCCACUACGAUCGGCCGCUUCCAGGUCACCACCAAAAGUGAAACCACAGUGGGACGUUUCUCUGUGAGUCGAGCCCCUGACGAGCCCAUAACUCCCACGCCUGGUGAUGCAGAGUCUCAAGAACCACCACGCCAGAGUCCUCAAGUUCUGGGCAACGGCCCUGCACUCAGUCCUGAGGGCAAGAGCCAGUUGAGUUUGAACAACUCCUUUAACUCCUACUUAAGCAGUGAUAAUGACUCCGAGUUUGAAGACGAGGACUUCAAGCAGGAAAUCAGCAAGCUACGUGAGAAGCACAUGAUGGAGAGUCAGGCUCUGUACGCCCGGCAGAAAGAGGAAAUCGAUGCUCUUUUCGCCCGAGUUGGCAAAGUCCCACCUGCCAUGAUAAACCCACCCGCAGUGAAUCUAGCUGGCCGCAGGCGCCGACCCACCAAGAGCAAAAGCAGCAAGUCGAGCCGCACAAGUUCUCAGGGCAGUAAGAGCCCCAUUCAUCCUGGGAGCACCACUUUAUCAACUCAAAGUGCUCCCUCGGUGUACCCGACCCAGCAGACCUUUCCCGCCCCCAGUGAGUUAGGAGAAACAGGAAGCAAUCCCCUGCUUCAGGCUUUCAAGCCCUCACCUUCCAGCGAGAACCUAUACUCAGCCUUCACCAGUGACGCCACGCUGUCCGCCCCUAGCCUCUGUCUGCCCACGCAUGGCUGUGUAAAGUUCAGCUGUGGGUCGGAGAGAUUGACCUUCAAACCAGGUGGCAGAAGGACCCGUUUUCUGAGUACGCCGUGCUUGGCUCUUUGGAAGAUGGUGAAAAAAGUGUGCCCCUGCAACCAACUCUGUAGGACGAACAGCACAAACACAGUGGGCGGCCCGGGACAGGGGCAGAACCAAACGCAGCCUCCAUCCACUGCGUCCCAGAGCCGCAAGGGCACGUUCACCGACGACCUGCACAAGCUGGUGGACAACUGGGCCAGAGAUGCCAUGAACCUGUCACAGGGCAAAAGGGGCUCAAAACCCCAGCACCAGGCCCCAUCUCAGGGCCACAGCUAUGAGAUGAUUCCUUCUGGAAGCAUGGCCCGGAAGUUCUCCGCUCCGAGUCAGCUGUGUCCCAACAUGGCUUCAUCCAUGCCCAACCCUUCUGCUACCUCUUUAGGGGCACGUAAAGGCUCGCUGUGCCCUGCGCCUCAGUACGGCUACCCCUCCGCACCUUACAACAGCCCGUGGGCUGGCGUCUCGGCCGCACACACUCAGGCCCUGGGCCAGUUUCCCGCAGCCCCGGGCACCAUGCAGGCUUUCCACAUCAACACGCUGCAAAAAUCAGUCAGCAACCCAGGAGGGCCUAAUUUAAGGACCACAUAAGGUUGGGUCUAGCCUGUGCUAGGCCACAAUAGAGAGAUAGAGAGAAGGGCUUGAGACACAUGUGAACUGGUGGUGAGGUUGGUGUGAACUUAGGCACGUGUGUUGCACCUUUUGGAAAACGGGGCAGAUUUAAGCCAGGGUUUGUGCACACAUACACAGAAACACACCUUGUGUGGACGAAUCACUCCUGCACUCUGGUUGACAUGCCUUGAGGUGAACGCACACUGACACAAAGGAGAGACAAAAAAAAAAAAAAAAAAUGGGAGCAAUGUUAAAGCAGCCAAAGAGGAUGGUGACCAUUUUUUAUUUUCUUUGUUUGAAAAAUCUCAUGAACGUGUAUAGCGAUGUUGCUUCCAGGGUAGCCUGGGACUAGCUUGCUAAGCUUUCCCUGACUGUUUCACUUUAUUUGACACCCUUUUAGUCAGUUGAGGUCCCUGGAUCCAGUGAUGGAAGAGGGGAAAGCGAGGAAGGUGAUGGAUGUGCCCCAUCUCCAUUACAAACUUUCCACCAUCCUGGUAUCGGCUCUAAUUCUAUUUAAUGCAAUAAUUCUAGAAAUCAAAAGCCCAUUUUAAAAACACAGGAAGUGGCCUUUAGUAGAGAAAACAAGUAUUCGUGUACAGCUUCUCUCUUUUUAUAUAUAUAUAUAUAUAUAUAUAUAUAUAUAUAUAUAUAUAAAUUGGGAUAUCAUUUUAAAGUAGUGUGGACCUUCACAUGGUCAGAGGCCAUUCAGCCACCCCUGAGAGUUUGGACUACAAAGCUUAUUAUAACUAUAAAACUCCCAGCUUGCUUUGUAGUGCUUACCAUCCACCUCCACCUCUCUUUUUGGGAGAUUUAAAAAAGUGAUUUAACUAAGAAUAAACACACCCCAUGUUAUUGUGCCUCGUGUUAUACCGGACAAAUUAACCCAAUUUUACUUCUCCUUAAAGCCAAAAAAAUACUCCUGCAUUAUUCAUUCAGUUUCACAAAGAGUGACCGGAGAGGCUGGAGGUGCGGUGGAGAUUUAUUUACCCUGAGUGAGGAAGGGGUGCCUGUCUGGCUUGUUCACGCGUCCUACAGGCUGGUGAAGCUUUAACUCUACUAUCUAUUAGCAUUGUAACAGCUUUUAUAAUCCUGAGCUCAUUAGGGACCUCUUUACGACAGGUUGCUUUUUUGAAAUGUAUGUUUAAAUGAGAAAAGUUGUGUUCUGUACGGACCUGUAUUUAUCCAUCAGUUAUUGAUGUUGAAACACUGUGAUUUAUUAUAAAUGUUGUUGGACAACAUAAGUUUAAAGCAAUGGUAGAAAAAGGGUGGUAACGAGGAGGAUUUAUUGCUAUUAGGUAAAAGGUGAUGUAAGGCUAGCUAUUACCUUAUUACAGAACUUAUUGGAGACACUUUAACCCUUUCCUCCCCCUUUGUACUUCUUUCUUUGUAUUAGAUAAAUGUGAAUGUAAAACAGUUUCAAUUAACGUACUUGAAUAACCGCUCUGUCCCCCCCCCCUUUCUCCCCAGUGCCCACUGAGCGUACUGGAGUUUCUUGUGCCUUGCAUUCUUUUUGUUUUCUUUCUUUUGGUUAAUUUUUUGUUUUGCUUUAGUAAUUGUUAGUAAUUUUGUGGCAGCAGAGGUGUGUAGGCGCCUAGUCGGGUGCUCGCAUGAUAAUUCUGGCAAUUAACAGGCUGUAGGGAAGAGAUUCUGGGUUCAGUGCCAUCUUUUACGUCGGUUAAGACCAAAAUGAUCUGGUGAUGAAUCGUUUUAGCUUAUUACUGAUGUUAGAACUGUAUGAAGUGUUGUCUGACACAGCCGGUCAGUGAUAAGCUUUUGGCCUGGGCACUAGACUGCUGGGCAUCCCGUGUCCCGUUUCCUGCCCUUAUGCCUACUUGUCAGUGUUCUCAGAUCAUUUGAACUCCCUACAAGGACCCUUGCAUAGCAUGUGAACUUGCCACAAUAGUUGUAAAUGCUGUAAUUCUGCUAAAGCAUUAUCUUUGGGACAGCAGACAGGCAGUCGGUAUCCAGAAGUAACCCUGUGUUUCCACUGGCAGCGAUACAGCGCUACGUGCCAUUAAUAUUCAACCAGAGUGUUGGUGAGAGUUUGAUUCACUUCAUGCAAAUGAGACUCGAUGAUCAGUAAAAAGUGUAAAUAAAGAACAACUGUUAAGCAUCAGUGUUUGGUUUCAGAUGUUCACGCUGUGAUGCUACUGAUUUUAAGAGAUUAAUACAUCUGUGAAAACGAGCAGUGGCGUUUUGAUGAUCUAGCACUAGAACAUUUCCUGCUAAAAUGGUAUAUUCCUAGCUGGUAGAUAUCUUCUCAAACCCAUUGUGGUCUAGCCUACAUUCUGCAUCCCGCUGUAUAGUUUACCCAGGAGCUACCACGGAAACCAUGGCAACCAGCAUUAACUCGAGACGGGCGCUCAUCAGCCAAUAACCAUGUAUGAAAUAUCGCUGCUGGUGUGAAGGCAGGGUUAUGCAGGAGGUAAGAAAGCACACUGUCGACGAUCAGUUAAAGAAGACCUACACUGACUUGUAUAGUGUGUGUGUGUGUGUGUAAGCGUGUCCCGUAUUUAAAGCUUGUGUUGUUUUUUGUUUUAGACGAGCCUUUCGAGUCGGCGCUCACAGGAAGCGCGGUAGUCUUGUGUUGGCUGUGGAUGUGGAAGUGUCCAGAUGAGGAAAGUAGGUUGAGAGAAGCCAAUACAUUGAGAGGAUAUUGAGAGUGAGUAAUUAAGGAUACUAGUCCUGCUGGUUGGAACCGCUUUCAGUUUAGUGGUUCUGUCUGAAUCUGUGUUUAACCAGUGAAGCCUGUAUUGUUGUAGACGUAACUGGGAACUUGUAUACAGAAAAAAAUAAGUAAAUAAAUAAAAGGAUGUUCGGUUCAGUUGUAGGACCAGGAAGAGAAGUAUGGUAGAUGGCACCUCACCAAAACACAAGACUUGCCUCUGUUGCUCUGUAGCGUCUGAAACGGCACUGCUUUCCUAAUUACGCAGUUCUCGGUUUAUUGUAGAAAUAACUGCCUUGUGCUUUUCAUGCAGAUCAGUAGCUUGUUCAGAAAAAUAAAAAUAAAAAGGUCUUUCAGUAGCACUCGACCGAUGCCACUCACAACGUCGACAGAAAUCCCAGUAGAAUGUGUUUGUGUAGGUUAGACCUUCAGCGUAGAGCCAGUCGGUGGACGUGUUGCCGCGUACCUGUGAAAAUCACCUAGAGCAGAAAAACGGCAGCUUUAGAAAUCCAUAGAGCGGCAUGAGCAUGUUACAACAACCACAAGGCACAGAAGCAGUGAAACCUCGUCAUCUUAACUGCUGAUCACCGAUAGGAACUGCUAGAUUACUACACGCCAUUGCCUUAAAGCUUUAGCUGUCUGCGUCUGGCUCCGGAAAAGUUCACCUUAUGAAUACAGUCCAUUUUAUAGAGAACUACAAAAUAGAUUAGCCAACCGUUUACUCUCUCUCUCUCUCUCUCCGAGUGGCUGUAUUGUACUUUCAGUAUUUAAAAACAAAACAAAAGGUUUUAACAGCUUGGGUUUGUUUUUGCUUCUUUAUUUUUCUUUAUUUUCUACUUACUUUGUACUCUGUAAAUCUGGAGCACGGCGGUUAGUUUGGUUUUUUCGAGCUGCAAAGCAAAUACGAUUUUUUAUUUUUAUUUUUAUUUUUUUUUUCUUCUCCAAGAUUUUCCGUUAAUUCCACAUUCGGACAAAACCCACACGACUAGCAUACGAGUGCCAUUCCUACAUAACAUUUCUCAUGAGUUUGUAGUUUGCUCCGAUUUUGAUUCCAUAAACUGAGCACCUUGUUUACUGUUAGAAAAGUGAUAUUUAGUAGCUGCAGUGCAGAAUAUGCAAUAUAUCUAAUAAUGGGAUACACUGGGUAGAGACCAUGUCCCCUGGUUUACUCCAGUAGUACGGAGAAUUUACUAAAUUCACACGUGUUAUUACUCCAGUAUCACUUUUUUUGUUUCCUUUUUGGAACGUAGACACUGCUACAGUUUUUAAAGAUGUUUAUUCUGUUUACGUCAUCACCUGUUAGAAACAAAAACAUAUGCCGCUUAGCAAAGUGCCAAUAUGUAGAAAUGCGGUUCACUGCACCACCGGACACAUUCAGUUAAUAAUAAUAAUAAUAAUAAUAAUAAUAAUAAUAA